AUGUGGCAGAAAUGGAACAGACAACCGCAGAUAUCAGCACCAUCUCAGUUUGUGGAACUGGAUAGAGAUGAUCCCUACGAAGACAGAUAUCUGGAGACAAUCCAUGAGGUCGACUCGAUCAGCAGUCGCAGACAAAGCACUCAUCUUCCUGGGCUGCCUGAGCUGCCAUUAGCGGUACCUCCCAUGGCUGAGAUCGCACAACCAAUGAACAUAUAUUCUCAGCAACCGUCCGCAAUACCCGCGGCGACCCCAAAAGACCUUGGCCUGAAGCUCAACGUACAUAUGCAGCAACAAGCCUACGACUACGACAUUUCACCUAUCACUCCUCGAGAACCUCAAGACCGUGUUGCUGACGACAAACCUAUAUCCCCUAUAGAAAAUGCUGUGCCCAUCCAAGCACGAGCUCCGCUACCGGAACGUCAUUUGCAGAGUCAGAUCCCCAGAAAGGUAUCCCAGUCGGCAGAGGAAAGAGCACAGACCAAGUGGGACGAGUACUCUGGGGAACCUACGAAUGACGAGCAUGGCAAGCCAGCAUCUGUGCGUCCCGGCGCUCAGCCUGUAGAGGUACAGUACCCACAUCUCAAGGAACGCACGAAGCAGAUACUGGCUGGCAUUAGGGAACGAGAAGCUGCGAAGAAGGCGCCCUGGGGAAAGAUACCUCCACCAGUCGCUGCUGCUCCACCGCAUAAUCCACCGCAACGGGAACCUUGGAGAGGUGCUAGUGGCAGGACCGCCAUCGUUGAUCCAGUUAGAGAUACGCCGGCUGCCAGGAAACAAACUCUGCAGGCACAACGACCCCUGCCUAAUGAAGGAGGUCAAUCUCCUUUCUAUGCUGCUGUGACAGCAUCGCAUGGGACAGAGUCGUCGGCAGCCGUACCUCACCUACGGACUGCACCAUCACAAGAAAGCAUCAAGCCUGUGGUUCCCCUCAAAACGAGGAAUUUGACGCCCGAUCUGACUCGUCUUUCACCAGUACAAAACCCGUCCAAACAAAGAAGUCCCAGUCCCACACCGAGUCCAGAGCCUGUUCUUAAUGCAGACUGCUUUCCUCCGGAUUCGUCUCAUCCACGAGUGGAAAGUCCGCAGGACGAGCUAGAGCCCACAACGCCGACUACACCAGUGCCAGCACACGAUACUCAUACUGACAGAUUUGUAUCUGCUCCUCCCUCAUUCGUAUCCGCCAGUCUAGGAAGAGAACAAAGCCAUUUUAGUUGGACCACAUACACCGAUAGCGUCGAAGAUUCCCCUCGGUCUCUGGCUCAGAUUGUGCGCGAGUCCUCUCCACCUCUCUCAAUACCUGAGCUGCCACCUGCCAUCACAAUCAAGAAGCGACCGAUUUCCAGCAGUCCUUUUGUGCAAUCUCAUCUGUACAUGCGACAAUACUAUGCGGACCCGACCGGCAGUGUCGUUCGAAAGCCUUUGCCAGUUAUUGGAGCGCCUCCAUCGCCAGCUAUGUCUGCCACGUCCCGAGCAUUUUCAACUUCCAAAUCCCUACCACCAACGCCGACUGUGACAGAAGCCACUGAUAAGAUAGAGAGCUUUGAGGCACAGCUACAAGGCCUGGAGCGGCGGAAGCGAAACACGAUGAGGAUCAUAGCUGACCUUGAAGCAUCGCUCAAGAAAAACGCCGUCGUGUAUGAUAUGUCAAAGAGGAGAGAGGUCGAAAAGAACAUCGCCAAUCACAAAAUGUCGUUGGACGAUAUCACAGCUGAGGUUCAUGAGCUCAGUCUUCGACUUCAUCGAGCACAGAGGAAGAGAGAUCGUGACGACAAUUAUGAAAUAAAUACAGGACUUUGGAUCAAAAGAGUCACAAGCUAA